AUGGAUAGCUCCAUAAGCAGCGCGACUCCGGUCUGCUCUAUCGGACCGUUCCGGCAACAGUUGGUGGAACAUAUAGGGUUACUGGGGUACACAGUGAUAGUGCUCAGCUACAUCAAGUUCGGCGGGAGCAUCGUGGUUUUUCUCUUCCGGCUCUUGCUCCAGUCUGCGCUCCUGUCGCCGUUCCCCAACCGGCAACAGCUGGUGCUUCGAUUUGGCGGUGCGAGCGGGAGGACGGAAGGGGAGGACGAGCAGACGCCGGGGCGCGGGGCGCGGGGCGCGGAGGCGGAGGCCGAGGACAUGACGAAGGAGUUCCUGCAGCGGAUACAAUGCGCACUUUUCCACGCGGCGUUCACGUUCAACUGCUUGGCGCUGGUAACGUGGAUAAUAUGGCCUGCGGACUUCCAGGAGCUACUUGGGAUGUACCGCUACGAGGGCUACCCCGGGCCUGCCAACACACCGUUACCGCUCGACAACUACGUCAUGCAAGGCGAGUGGCAUGGCAAGUGGUUUUUCCAGCUGAUCGGCGAGGCCGUGCCGGCGUCGAACAUAGGCGGCAACCUGAUGGCGGUGACGUACCAGUUGUUGAUUCUCUGCCUGCAGUUCGGGUUGUACAUGCUCUCCUGUGUAUACUUUUCCCCGCUGACAAAGACGCAGCUGCCGGGGUAUGAUGGCUCCGGCUGCACCCAGCCGGCCGGCGAGGGCCGCAUAAACGUAGCGCACAUCAACCCCGUGGAGGUGUUCCGAGUUAUUCAUGGGACCACGGCCCAUUUCCGCCAGGGUGCCGGCGCGCGGAACGCCUCACCCACCUCAAUGGUCUGA